ACAAAACUGAAAAUGGAGGCGUGGGUGAAGUACUAGUUAUGGUCGUGAUUGUUUAUUUAUUUAUUAUUAUUUCAAAUGUUUGGCUAUUGUGAUCACCUGUAUUCGUUACGGUUCCCGGAAGAUUAUUUUUCACAUUCCACUGAAAGAAGAUUAGGGAAGAAGAUUUGUCAACAUCAUCGAUGAACUGAAAAUUUUAUAUUUAUAAAAUGCAAUAUUAAUACGGUUGUGAAUAUUUUAUUCCUUUAAAUAAUUUUUAAGAAAUGCCUACUAUAACAACAGUUCCACAGAGAGAGACUAGUAUUCCAGUUCUUUCUUCACCUAAAGAUGGAUAUAAGCCUUUAUCUCAUAAUCAUUAUGAUUUCUGUAUUGAAGAUUCUAGGCAAAUAGAGUAUGCACAACAGGAAACAGAUUCAAAAUCUAGUUUCACAACAUUUGUACAUUUUUUACAUAAUUGUGUUAUUGCUGUUUUACAACCUUUAUGUUUCAGAACUGCUGAUAGUGUCGAUGGAGAUAAAUUUUUUAUUGCAGAGUAUCAUAAAUCAGAAUGUUGGGAAAAAAAUGCUCAUGAACCAAGGGAAGAAUUUGAGGAAACCCAUCUACUUUGUGAUGAUCAGUUAUGGGAACAGUCUACCUAUUGUUCUGAUAAAAUAUUUUAUAAUUUACCUUGUGAGUCACCUAUACCAAAGAAACGAUUAGCUAACGAAACUUCAGUUGCUCAAUUGAUCAAAGAAAGUCAAAUAAGAAGUCAGCUUUUAGCAAAUAAUGGAAAAGAUCAACUUUCAAAAUCAAAAGAAUGUGUUACAAAAAGCAGACAAAAAUUAGAAGAAGUAAAAACAGACAUUUUUGCAAUUCGUAAUGAUAUAAGGACAGCACGUCGUCUUUUUCAAGAAGUUGAAUAUGGACUUCGAGAUUGCAAAUGGGAAGAAAAUAAAAAGAAAAAUGCCAGAAAUAGUUGUGUGUGUCCUGUGACAACUCUUCUUAUUACAAAUCCCUAUGAGAAAAUGUAUCGAGAGCAUCGUGUUUUUUUGGAAGAAAUGAAAUAUCAUUUUCGAUGGCAGCAUGGAAUUGAAAUUUUGUAGUUUAUGAAAGAGUGAUAUUUUUUGUGUCAUUUACCUUAAUUCUGUUAUUUGAAUAGAUUUCUUAGAAAUUAUUCAUAGUAAAUAAUGUUAGAUGUUUCAUCUUUUAAUAUCAUAUUUAGAUAGAUAUAUAAUACAAAGUAUUAAGUAAAUUUUCAUAUAUAUGUAUAAAUUUUCAUAUUCAUUUAAACAAAGUACAAAUCAACAUCAAUUGAAGUAAUAAUUAUAUAUAAUUAAUG